AUGUCUUCGACUCAUAUAUUCAACGUUGAAAUGACUUGUGAAGGGUGUUCAGGUGCUGUCGAGAGAGUACUAAACCGAUUAAAAGGCCAAGGAGUGGAUAACAUCUCAAUUUCAUUACCAGAUCAAAAAGUUAUAGUAACUUCAACUCUGAGUGCAGAUCAACUGCUUGAAGUAAUAAAGAAAACAGGGAAAAAAACCACAUAUGUUGGAACACAAUAAAAAUAGUAACUCUAAUAAUGGCAAGUUGAGAGUGUAUAAAGUAUAUGUUGAACAAUGAAACCAACUAUUAAUCAAAGAAAUAUGUUAUAUGUUUAUACCCUACCAUGUAAUUUAUUGUUUAAAGUGGAUAGUUGUUUAUAAGUAUAUUUUAUUGUUAUGUUUUAAAAAGGUAUACAUUUUCUUUUUUGUAUUAUAACUUUGAUGCAGCUUUACAUCAUUUAUGGGUAUUAAUGAUUGAAUGUCUAAAGUGUAUGAGCCAGUAUUUUUAUGAAUAAAUACUUUAUUUUUUAUA